AUGGCCCAGCGCUGCUACGGGCGCUGCGCGGCCUUCCUGCUGGCCGCGCUGGUGCUGGACGCUGCCGGGCUGGCCUUAGUGCUGGCGGGCGCCGUGGGGAAGCCGGAGCUGAGAGGGCAAUCCUUCGAGGAUUUCCUGGUGCUCACCGGCGGGCUGCUGCUCUUCCUGUCGUUGCUCUGCUGGCUCUUCUGGUACUCGGGGAACCUGCGCGGGGUGCCGGCCGAAGAGCUUCCGCCCGGGGCGCGACCGCGGCCGAGCGAACCAAGCAGCCGGGCAAGCCUCCUGCUCCUGGCCGUCAAGCUCUCGGAGCGCCUGUCCCAGCGCCGCCGGCCAGCGCCUGCGCCUUCCUUGCCGCCGGAUUGCGGCCCUCCAGCGAAGGGCCGUAGAACUGCAGCCUCGCUCCGAGCCAUGGGGCCCGUGGAGCUCGGCCGCCUGCGCCCCACUGUUCAUCCGGAGCAGGGGAAGAUGGGAGAGCGACUGGUGUAA